AUGACCGCACAGCGCCACAACGACUACGUCGGCGGCGACGCCUCCCGCGCCCGCAUCCCCGGCGCCGACAAGGCCACCACCGGCCACCAGUACGAGGCCAUCUUCCCCAACACCGGCGCACCCGGUGCGACCGACACCGCACACGCCAACCGCGCGCAGGAGCACCUCCCGCCCUCCACAGGCCGCGACGCGCCCCCCGCCGGCGGCGUGCCCCCCCUCGCCAACGGCCACUCCCCCCACUCGCCCGCCCCCGCGCACGGCCGCGCCCCCGCGCCCACCGACGACGCGUCCCACACCGACCCCGCGACGCACCGCAUCCAGACCGCCCGCACGACCGGCCACCCCGUCGCGCUCGCCCCCGCCCCCGACAGCCGCACCGUCGUCGACCCCGACCCGUACGCCCCCCGCGCCACCGCCGCCGACACCCUCACCGGCGCCACCUCCAAAGACGUGAACACCCACCUCGGCCACCCCGGCUCCGGCCAGACCUCCGCCGAGCUGCACCACGACGGCCAGCCCGGCCGCACCCGCGCCCCCCGCGGCGCCGACCAGUUCGGCUCCCGCGCCAUCCCCCGCGAGGACGCUCCGCACGCGUAG